CAGGAGCGCGUCAACGGAAUUCUGGCGUGCCGCCAGUUAAUGGCUUUCUGACUGUGCCCCCUACAACAUCGUCUCCGACACCCUCCCACCCUAUUUUGCGUGCCUCUGACGCAGCGGAUUGACUCCCUAAUGAACUAAUCCAACGAAACCACUACUGCAGUCCUUCCGAGUUGAAGUUGUCCAAUACCGCGAUGCCUGCCGCGACAUUACCCCAGAAGCGGGUGCUCGGCGAGACAUCGAGCGCCCGCCGCAACAUUGUUGCCACUCCAGUGUCCUCCAAGAAGCGUCGUCUUGAUGGGCCGCCAUCUUCUCCUGCAGUGCGUUUUGGCAGCUCCCAGAAUGAUGGCAAGGGUAAGCUGGCUGCGAGUCAGCAGAAGAGCAUCUUCGAGAGCGAGGUGCUCGAGCGCAUGAGCCAAGACAUCUCGGACCUCAAGCAGAGCAACGCAGAGAAGGACCAAAUAUGGGACCGGCCACCCGUUCCCCGAGAUUUCGAUCCAGAAAAGACCAGUCUUUCCUUCCAGGCUAUCGAGGCCGAGGAGGGCACAGUUGCGGGCGGUCAACCUGCUGUGAAGCUCUUCGGUGUCAACGAUCAUGGCAACUCGGUCCUGCUGCACGUGAAGGACUUCAAACAUUACCUUUAUGUCGCUGCUCCCGUUUCCUUCACCGCCGAGGACUGCCCGAAGUUCAAGACGUACCUCGAGACACAGCUCGCCAUGCACCAGCCUGUCAUACAUUCCGUCACCCUGACAAUGCGGGAGAACAUAUAUGGUUUCCAAGGGAACAUCCAGAACCCCUAUCUCAAGAUCACCGUGACAGAUCCAAAGUUUAUCAGCAGGGUCCGCACGACAAUCGAAAGGGGCGAGGCCAAUUGGAAGGGCAUGUGGAAGAGCGCCGAUGGCAGCAUUGCGACAUAUGACAAUAUCCAGUACCUGCUUCGCUUCAUGGUCGACUGCUCGAUCGCGGGCAUGGGUUGGGUUGAGGCGCCGGCCGGCCGGUAUCGCCUCGUGACCGACAAGCAAUCGAAUUGUCAAAUCGAGGCUGAAAUAAGCUACAGAGACCUGAUCUCCCACAAGCCCGUUGGGGAGUGGUCAAAGAUGGCGCCGCUGAGGAUCCUCUCCUUCGAUAUCGAGUGCGCUGGCCGCAAGGGUAUCUUUCCAGAGGCAAACCACGAUUCUGUGAUCCAGAUCGCCAAUAUUGUCACCAAGUACGGAGACAAGAAGCCUUUUGUUCGCAAUGUCUUCUGCCUCGAUGACACGAGUCCCAUCGUGGCCACACAAAUUCUAUCGUUCGAUAAGGAGGAGGAAAUGCUCUCAUCCUGGCGGGACUUCCUUGAGAGGGUAGAUCCGGACAUCAUGACGGGCUACAACAUCGCCAACUUUGAUUUUCCCUACCUUCUCGAUAGGGCCAAACACCUGAGGGUCCAAGGUUUCGAGUACUGGUCCCGCACCCGUGUCAAGUCUGUAUCGAAGGAGACCAAUUUCUCGAGCAAACAGAUGGGCAACCGCGACACCAAGGCCACCAAUACAAACGGACGGCUCCAGCUUGAUCUCUUGCAGCUCAUUCAGCGUGAUCACCAACUCCGGAGUUACACGCUGAACUCGGUCUGCUCUCAUUUCCUUGGCGAGCAGAAGGAAGACGUCCACCACUCGAUGAUUACAGAGCUUUUUGAGGGAACACCCGAAUCCAGGCGCAGACUAGCACUGUACUGUCUCAAAGAUGCGUACCUUCCCCAGAGACUGAUGGACAAGCUGUCAUGUCUCGAAAACUACACCGAAAUGGCGAGAGUCACGGGCGUCCCGUUCAAUUUCCUUCUCGCGAGAGGUCAGCAGGUCAAGUUCUUGAGUCAGCUCUUCCGCAAAGCUCUGGAGCAAAAGCUGGUGAUCCCCAAUCUGAGAUCAGAGUCAUCAGAAGAGCAAUACGAGGGCGCCACUGUCAUCGAGCCCACGAGAGGCUACUACGAUGUGCCCAUUGCUACACUGGAUUUCGCCUCCCUAUACCCCAGUAUCAUCCAGGCUCACAAUCUCUGCUACACGACGCUCAUCAAAAAGAAGGACAUUGAGAAGUGGAACCUGAAAAAGGAUGAAGACUACAUCGUCACUCCGAACGGCGACAUGUUCGUGACCACCAAGCAGAGGAAAGGGUUACUAGCCCAGAUCCUCGAGGAGUUGCUUGCCGCCAGAAAGCAGGCGAAGAAGGAGCUCGCUGCGGAGACGGACCCGUUCAAGAAGGCCGUGCUAAACGGUCGCCAGCUGGCUCUGAAAAUCAGCGCCAACUCCGUUUACGGUCUGACUGGCGCGACGAACGGCAAGCUCCCCUGCUUGGAAAUCGCCAGUAGCACAACCAGCUUUGGCCGUCAGAUGAUCGAGAGGACGAAGCAGGAGGUAGAGAAGAGAUACUGCAUCGCAAACGGCUACUCGCACGACGCCCAGGUCAUCUACGGUGAUACCGAUUCCGUCAUGGUCAAAUUCGGCACCAAGGACCUGGCCGAGGCAAUGAAGCUUGGCCAGGACGCCUCUCAGUUUGUCUCGAGCAAGUUCAUCAAACCCAUCAAGCUCGAAUUCGAGAAGGUGUACUUCCCCUACCUUCUGAUCAACAAGAAGCGUUACGCAGGGCUGUACUGGACGAAGCCCGAGAAGUACGACAAGAUGGAUACCAAGGGCAUUGAGACGGUCCGUCGUGAUAACUGUCUGCUGGUGCAGACGGUCAUUGAGAAAGUGCUCAGAAUGAUCCUCAUCGAUCAAGACGUGCCUGGUGCGCAGGAAUACGUCAAGGACACUAUCUCGGACCUUCUGCAGAACAAGAUUGACAUGUCCAAGCUCGUCAUCACCAAGGCACUGACUAAGGACGACUACGCAGCAAAGCAGGCGCACGUCGAGCUGGCGCAGAGGAUGAAGAAGCGAGACCCCGGUUCGGCCCCAGGGCUCGGCGACCGUGUGGCCUACGUCAUGGUGAAGGGCGCCGCCGGGUCCAAGAACUUUGAGCGCUCCGAGGAUCCCAUCUACGUCUUAGAGCACAACGUGCCCGUCGACACCAAGUACUACCUGGACAACCAGCUGGCCAAACCGCUGGGCCGCAUCUUCGAGCCCAUCCUCGGCGAGACCAAAGCGAAGUCCCUCCUCACGGGCGACCACACAAGGGCCAUCUCGGUCGCCGCGCCCACCGUGGGCGGGCUGAUGAAGUUCGCCAAGAAGACGCAGACGUGCAUGGGCUGCAAGAAGCCGCUGACGGGCAAGGAGGAGAGCCAGGGGGCGGUGUGUGCCGACGACGCGCCGCGCGUGGGCGAGCUCUACAAGAAGACGCUCGACAAGGUGUCGGACCUCGAGGUCCGCUUCGGCCGGCUGUGGACGCAGUGCCAGCGCUGCCAGGGCAGCAUGCACUGCGAGGUCAUCUGCAGCAGCAAGGACUGCCCCAUCUUCUACAUGCGCAUGAAGGCCAAGAAGGACCUGGAGGAUGCGAAUCGGGAGCUGAAGCGGUUUGAUUUUGACCAGGCUGCCAUCUGGUGAGAAACGGGGCUUAGCACAAACACUCCGAGUGGUUAUGAGGAGGACGGGGGCGCAAAGGCGUUUUAUUGGAGGGGGUCAUCGAUGGUAUCAUGUGCUAAACGGGUGGGAUGGCUUGGAAUGUAGUGAUAUCUUGGUAAUGCGAGUUGUGCAUGUCUCUGUUUCUUUUGUUUUUCGUCUGGUUUUCGAAACAGGGGAGAGUACUGAUAUGUGUUAUUGUCAAUGAGACGAAAGGUGUGUGUAUUCUGAGCUCCACAGAACUUAUAUCGUCCGAGGUGGUAAGGUUGGUGUUAUCUGCUCCGUGCGAUGUAUGUACUGUACAAUACAAUACCUACCUACACAUGCGCUAUGCAUACAUACACGGGUUCCUCGAGCCCGAUAUGUAUGGUCACUAUAGUGCGCAUAUAACCAAGCAUGGUUGGGGUGACAGUGCUCGGGAGAUAGAAACAUAA